CUACAGUUCACCUACGGUAUUUGUAUGUAUGCCUUGUUUGUUAUCUGCUUUACGACAGACAGAGGAGGAAGUGUCACACGCUAACGUCACAUUGAGAAACAAAACAGUUUAAUAAGUCGCGAAGGUUUUUGGUGGAUGAAGCCUUAACGUCACCAAAAGCCUGUUCUGUCCUUUCUUUAAUUUUCGCUGAGCCGUCAAGCGCUGCUCACUGUCGGACGACCUGCGAGCGAUUUGCCUUUUUUGCUAUUGCGUUGAGCUAACUAGCGCAGAACUCGGUAAUAGUCGCUAUGUUCAGCCCCGUGAAGUCUUCUUAUUUCAGAGUCAGCCCGGCCAUUGUCAACAGAGAACUCGGCAAGACCAAGAUGAGAUAGCAAGAGGGCAAAUCGGAGUGACGACACGUGAUUUACUACAAGGCAAGAGCCCGAGCGACGGUCCGCGAGGACACCCGAUACAUCACUCACACGGCAUGUUUGGGAACCUUUUCGAGGAAGAGGAGGAGGAGGAGGAGGAAGGCGUCUCCCCGGCUUCCUCCAGCGGGAGAGUUGCCAAGGGGGGAGACGAGCCGCCUCCGCCCCGAGGAAGAAGCAAUCUGUGCGGCUUAAAGAACCAAGGGGGGACCUGCUACCUCAACUCCCUGCUGCAGACCCUGCUGUUUACCCCGGAGUUCAGAGAGGCGCUGUUCAGUCUGGGAGCUGCAGAAUUGGGAUGUCUGGAACACAAAGAAAAUCCAGGGGCCAAAGUCAGAGUGAUCCCACUGGAGUUGCAGAAGCUGUUUGCCAGUCUUCUGUUGGUGGACCAACAGAGCGCCUCCACCGCCAACCUCACCAGCAGUUUUGGCUGGAACAGCAGCGAGGGAACAAAUCAGCAUGACGUGCAGGAGCUGAACAGGAUUCUGUUCAGUGCAUUGGACCACUCCCUUGUGGGCACCACUGGUAGUACUUUUAUCCACCAGCUGUAUCAUGGGACCAUUGUCAACAGCAUUGUCUGCAAGGAUUGUGGCAACGUCAGCCAGAGACAGGAGGACUUCCUGGACCUGACCGUGUGUGUCUGUGGCGUGUCCAGCCUGGAGGAGGCUUUGUGGAACAUGUUUGUGGAGGAGGAGUUGUUUCAGGGCAAUAACCUGUACCGCUGUGCACACUGUGACAGGCUGGUCACCGCUGCCAAGUCUGCCAAGCUGAAGAAGCUUCCUCCAUUCAUGACCAUGUCCUUGCUGAGAUUCAGCUUUGACUUUGCCAAGUGUGAGCGAUACAAGGAGACGGGACGCUACAGUUUUCCCUUAUCCAUCAACCUAAAGCCAUUUUGUGAAGAGACUGAUGCAGAGGACUCCGAUUACUCCUACGAGCUGUUCUCUGUGAUCAUCCAUAAGGGAGGCUGCUAUGGGGGCCAUUACCAUGUUUAUAUCAGGGACAUUGACCAGCUCGGCAAAUGGGAGCCACCGGAGGAAGAGCAGAAACCCAAAACACAGAAAAAAUCCAAAAACGAAGUUGAGCAAAUGUGUGCGCCAAUACUACAAGAAGAUGACCCUUUGUCUGUCAUCACUGCUAUCAUUGCUCAGGAGCCAUCAAAGAGUGUCCUGACGGACCAGCUGGGACAGAAACUCAUGGAAAAGAUUGGUUCUUCCUGGAGCAAAAAGUUCAGAAAACACUAUGGCCCCAUAGGAAAGUUCCUGCAGUCGAACAACAAUGUUUUCAUGUUGGUGUCUAAUGGAACUCGAGUGGCACUGAAGGCGAACCCGCCAAGCCCCACAACUGAGCCGCCCGGCGCAGCAAAGCAGGCGACUAACCCCGAUCCAUUAACGCCAUCAGACCCCAGAGCUGCUGAGCAACAUCUGGAUCUGCAGCAGAAGUCAGAGCCGGAACAAACGGGUAGCCACUGGUUUGACCUGAACGAUUCCAUGGUGACCUCCAUCAGGGAGUCGGACAUCGAGAAGCAGUUCCAGGGCAAAGAAAGCGCAUACAUGCUGUUCUACAGAAAGACACAGCUGCACAGACCCAGUGAAGCUCUGCACAAUCCCCAAUAUAAAAUUCCUCUUAACCUCAUCCAGAUGGCUCAGGAGGAGAACAUCCAAAUGCAGAAAAUGCGUGAGGAGUUUGAAGCCACGAAUAACACCGUGGAGCUGCGCCUCCACCUGGCACCCUCCUACAGGCUCGAGGGUGGAGCCCUGCAGCCACUCAGCAAAGGGGUGGCUGCGAGCAACGCUCUGAGUUUUGACCGGAGAAAGACUGUGGGAGAUCUUCGAUUAGCUAUUUAUCAGAAGCAGGAACUCUGGGAAGGUGAUAUGGCUCUGACUUUGGCCAAGAGUCUUCCAGCGGGUCUCCACCUCUACAACACCUUAACAGACGACAAUGUCUCCCUGUACAGUGCAGGCGUUUGUACAAACUCUGACCUGUUUGUGUGGAACGGCAGAGAGGUGUGCGGUGCGACUGUGCUAGUUGGAGCCGAGUGGGAGCCGGUGCUGCUGAACGUAGUCCGCCCCAGUUUGGGGGACGAAGGGGGUCAGGAGGAGGGGGACGGGUUGCAGUGUGAGGAGGGAAAGGGAGGUUUUGAAAAUGGGGGGCCGGGGCUCAAAAGGGAGGCCAGAGGGUUUGCAGGUGCUGCGACUCUCGGGGAGGUUCGGGAGGCCCUGGGGGAGCCCGAGGAGAGUCUGCUGUGCCAGGAGCACAAGGGAGGGCCGACAGGAGAGCAGGGGCCCGGGGAGGGAGGGGGGGCGAGCGGAUGGAGGGUGUUCCCCCCCGAUGAUAUGCAGCGGACGCUCAAGGAGCUUUCGCUGAAAGACGGAGACGCGCUGCUGGUGCUGGAGCCCCAGUCCUUCGACAGCAGCAUGUUCGCUCGAAACGGAGACGUUGUCACUGUGACUACACCGUCGGACUGCCGCUGGCUCCAGGUGGAGUUUGGACCACAUGGGGAGGGAGGAGGCGAUGGAGAGACAGAAGAGCAGAGAAAGAUCAAAGUUCCAGCUUCAGGAAAUAUGCUGCUGUGUGAGGUGAAACAAAGGGCCAUAGAGGAGCUGCAGCUACAGGAGCAAAUAUCAGGUGCACAGUACUGUCUGAGACAUGUGGACUGCACAGGGAAACUCCUUCCUCCAGUGUGCGAGGAGUUGAGUGUUCGGGCUGCAGGGGUGCGACUCAUGACCACACUGACUCUCUGUCCCGGAAAUGCCCCCAAGGCAUCGCAGCUUUUCUUGCACUUCUCUGUGGGCGCAGCGCCCUCUGCUGGCAUGGAGAUGGAUAUAAUAGUGGAGAAAACGAGUACCGUCAAAGAGUGUCUAAAGACAAUGCUGGAUGUGGUUGGACUUGAAGGCACCUGUUGGCACUUAAGGAGGCUCGAUUGGUGUGAGGAGGUUGGCGAGCCAAUAAUGGACGAGGACGCUUCUCUGUCGGAGCUGAAGAUAAACAAUGGAGAAACAUUAGUGGUCACACAAGGGCAACUUCCUCCGAAGGGGUUCCUCAAGCUGUCUGUGUGGCUGUGUCUGGAUCGCCGAAACGAUUCCGAGGUUUCUAUGGAUUUUAAUCACACGGAUGACGGCCACACGCAGGUCGAGGCUGCCGAUGAGUCGCCUCCUCUCGGUGUCGGCAACAUGGCGGAACCAAGACGUGCAGGACCGGUGGAGAUCUCUGACGAGGCCACUCUGGAGGACCUCAAGGCCCAGGUGUUGACCCUGCCUGCCCUGCAGGAUGUGUGCGUGCCAACCACUGCGUUCCUGCGUGUCUGGCAGCUUGAGGGGCGGCGGCUGGCUCGUAUCCUCAGAGGAGGACAGCUCACGCUCAAGAAGUUGAAGCUGAGCAGUGGGACAGACCUUUGUGUGCAACAGCUACUGAAGGAAGAAGACCUCGGUCCUAAAGAUGUGAUGCUGAAUGUUAAAAUGGGAGUCCCCGGAGAGAGGUGUUUCUACCCGCCAGAAGAGCUGGUUUGGGAUGCAGCCCGUGACUCCUCUCCCCGCUCCCUGCGCACUCGUCUGGCUGCGCACUUCUGCCUCUCGCCGGACUCGCUGCUGUUGGCCAAACACCAGCCGGACAAACACGCCUGGGAGGAAAUCUCAAACUGGAAUCAGCAAGUUUCCAAAAAGAAAAAGAAGCGGAAGGCUGAAUCGCUUCUGGGGCCACCAUUUCACCUCAAAGAUGGCGACACAAUCGGCAUCAAGAAUCUUUUGAUUGACAACAAAAGGGAGUUCCUCACCGUGGAGGACGAGCAGGGCCAGCAGAGGCUCAGGGAGCAAGCGGAGCAACGCAGGAAAGGAGCAGGCUCUGAGCGCGUUGGACAACAGGAGAAGACUGGCCUGAGCAAACCCAGAAAACCGGAGGUAGCGCUGUCAAUCAACGUUGGGGUAUUCAGAUAGCACUCGGACAAAUGCAACCUACACAACCACACACAGGUGCCGCGAUGCCAUUGGGACAAUCCACUUGAUGUCACUCAUGCCAUUUUCUUUUCUGUAUUUCUCCACAAAUCCUUAAAUGACUACAAUUAAAUCAUUUUGUUGAAAGGAAGAGAAAUAUUUAAUUUAGGUAAUCAGCUGUUUUAUUACAAUUUACCAGAAUUUGUAUUGUUUCUAUACAAUAUUACUGGAUCUCUUGUAAGAUGCCUCAUGUUGGUCUUGCUUCCUCUUGCUGUCUAAAUAUCAACCACCACAGAUGCUCUAAUUGCAAUUGUAUCAUCAAGGAUAUACCUAAAAUAAAUGUUAACUGUGUGGACCAGUAGUUAAGAGAAGCAGGACAAACUGUUUCCAUACUUUCAAAGGUUUUAGUACAAGCCAGGAAGGAAAUCACAAUUACUUAUUGUUGGUUUCUGAUGAACCUGUCACUGUGUGCCGAGAAGAAAAAACGUUUCAUGUUUGCAUCAUGGGAUUUGAUUUUAGGUUGAUAAAACAGGAGAAAUGCCUUAAUGUGGAGAAGCCUCGAUGCAGCUCUGUCCUCCCUACCUCGCUCUCUUCUCUCUCUCUCUCAUUCUACCUCUGCUUCCACCCCCAACUUCUUUUAUGUAACUCACAAUGACUCAAACUCUGUUUGAUUUAUGUGACAUGACACAACUGACAUGAACCACCAGCUGUCAAAAUGUAGAUGACUACUUUUCUGUACACGGUUAAAUAACUUGGCGUUCAUCAGGCACAGUCCACCCUCUUUACUGCCGACACUUGAAGCAGACUUUCACCUCAAUCUAUUAAUUUAGUAUUAAAAGGAACGGACAGGAAUAGCUACAUGUUUGGCUCUAUCUGUGAUGGAUGAAUUUAGCUGCUUGCAAAUAUAUACUGUAAAUCAGUUCUGCAACUAUUUUCUUUAAUUUAAAGAUCGCAGAUUUUUUUUAUUGUGGAACUUCUAAUGCAUCAUUUGCAUGCACCAUGUGAACUUCAGGAAAGUUAAUAAGCGUUAUUAUUGAUUUUAUUUUUAAAAGAAACUAAAUAAUUGAACUAUAAAGUUGGAUAUUUUUUCUGAGUUUUAAAACUCUACAUGGAGCCUUGAUCAUUGCUUUCUACAUACUCGGCAAUAGUGAGAAUGAAGUUUGUUUAUUUAGUACGGUUUUUCAUUAUAUUUUGGGAUGUUAAUGAUUCUACUGUUUUAAUUCAGUAGACAUCUGUUUGUAUAUUAUAUCAACAAUAAAGUUUGCUGCUGAUGAAACAUU